AUUUUCUUACCACCUCCAAUUUGUUGUUGUGUCGUAAAAGUCUGGAACUGAGUUAAUUGUGCGGACGGCGAAAACUGAAAAUGUUGUAAUAUUACCACGGUAGCACGGCCAGUGAUCUAUUCGGAAAAAAAGACGCGUUCUGUGCCGAAUAACAGCGAAUAACGCCCCGUCUUUUUUUCGACUUUAUUUUGCGAAGGAAGCUGAGUGAUUUUCCCUCUCUGUCUGGCCCACGCAACUAUGCCUGCGCCUUGCUAUUGGAAUAGUUGAUGUUGCAACUGGCGUAGAGUGAUCGAGUGCCCAACAUGUCGGACAAGGUGAGCACAUCCCUGGCAGCCCAACUGCAUUCCCAUGCCCUGGCCUCGGCGGACGUUGGCGGUGGUGGUGGUGGAGUGAAUGGCGGUGCUCCUCUUUGCCAUGCCAGCACCGAUAAGGACAUCCAGGCACCGCUUCAAUUUGAAAUGGAUGCGCCGGCGGCUGCGAUCAGUGCGCAAUUGAACUUCAAGAUCCUGCCCGCCGACAGUUUGCCCGGGCUGAGCUACCAGGACAUGUUCGCCUCCAUGAACACAUCACAAAUCUCGAAUGCCUCCACGGAGUCCAGCUGCAGUCCGCCAGUUCCGGGCGGAGUGCCGCCUCCGAAGCCCAGUCGCCACAUGUCCGUGCAGCCGCUGAAUAGCAAAUCCUGCCGCUUUCCCAAGCUCGAGGAGUGCGCCCACUUCCACUAUGAACGUGUCCAGCUGGGUCCGCUAUCCGUGCAGCUGUUGGACGAUAAAUCGGAGCACAUGGGCAGCAGCAUUGCCUCGCAGUCAAUUGGAGGCGACCUGCCACACAGCUCCCUGAGAAGCUUCUCGCCCGAGAGCUGCUGGUUCAUCAUUCGCGUGUGCCCGCAGCGCUGCGAACCCUUCCUGAUCAAGAGGAGCUUCGAGAACAUGCAGCUGCUGGACGAGAUGCUCCAUCGAUGCGUCUACGAUCGCAAGAUCAGCGGACUGCGCAACAUGGAGGAACUGGCGGCCGAGCUGCCCAGCGAAUCGGAUGUGGAGUAUGCGGUGUCCAAGUACCUAGAGCGUUUCUCGAAGAUCGCCUCCGAUUCGCUGACCUGCGGCACCAUUCUCACCUGGCUGCAGCUGGACAACAAGGGACGAAGACUCCCGUUGGCAGAUGGUGAGACCCAGAGGACCAUCAACACGCCGGCCGUGGGUGCCGCCUAUGGAGUGAGGCGCUAUCAGGCCCAGGCUCCCGACGAGAUCAACAUCGAGGUGGGCGACAUGAUAUCCGUGAUCGAUAUGCCCAGUCCGGCGGAAUCGAUUUGGUGGCGUGGCAAGAAGUCGCAUCUGCAGAAGUCCCUCUACGAAGUCGGUUUCUUUCCGCAAUCCUGUGUGGCCACCAUUGGCGACAAGGUGCCCAGGAACUUCCCCAUGCCAGCUCCGCUCGUUGGUCACCUGGAUGCUUCGCCCACGAAGCCGGUGCUUCGCAAGCACGGCAAGCUAAUCGCCUUCUUCCGUUCCUUCAUCCUGUCGCGACCUUCGCGUCGUCGCUUGAAACAGAGUGGCAUUUACCGUGAACGCGUCUUCAACUGCGAUUUGUCCGAGCAUCUGCUCAAUAGCGGCCAGGACAUUCCCAUGGUUCUGCGCUCCUGCGCGGAGUUCAUCGAGAACUAUGGCGUCAUCGAUGGCAUCUACCGGCUGUCGGGCAUCACCUCCAACAUCCAGCGAUUGAGGCGUGCCUUCGACGAGGAGCGAGUGCCGGACUUGGGCAAUCCCGAGAUGAAGCAGGACAUCCAUGCGGUCAGCUCGCUGCUGAAGAUGUACUUCCGAGAGCUUCCGAACCCGUUGUGCACCUACCAGCUGUACGACAACUUUGUGGAGGCCAUCCAGGUGAAGGCCGACGAGGCGGACGAGCGACUGCGGCUCAUGAAGGAGACGGUCCUCAAGCUGCCACCUCCUCAUUAUAGAACCCUCAAAUAUCUGGCGGAGCAUCUGUACAAGGUGUCGCAGCACCACGAACGCACCGGAAUGACGGACAAGAAUCUGGCCAUUGUGUGGGCGCCGAAUCUCCUCCGCUCGCCCGCCCUCGAGUCGGGGGGCGUGGCCGCUCUGCGAGGAGUGGGCGUGCAGGCGGUGGUCACCGAGUACCUGAUACGGAAUUGCCAUAACAUCUUCGAUGCUCUGGAGGAUCACCCGGCGCGUCACAGCAUGGUGGCGAGUGCAGUAAGUGCUGCAAAUGCCGGCGGAGAACUGCGCCUGGAGUCGCUCACCGAUUGCGAGAGUCUGCUGGUGGAGCAGCGGGAGCAGGACCAAUCCCUGGGCAUCGUGGAGCGGCCGAAGAGCCUGAGCACCGGUGGCGCCAAGCUCAUCAGUCUGGAGGAGGCGCAGGAGAGGCACUCGCGAGUGGAGGGCGCCGACCUGAAGCAAUCGCUGCCCAUCAGCAUGUUGACCAGUGCGAGUGGCAAUGCGGCCUCCAACAUUGGAUCCUACAUCGAAGUGGGCGGCGGACCAUCCAGCCUGCCGGAUAAGUACCACACGGUGCUCUCCGCGCCUCGCAGCUGGCAGAAACGGAAGCCGGACAAGACGCCCUCCUGGAAGUCGAUAUUCACGCGCAGCCAGCGGCAGGGCAACCCCGAUCCUGGCCAGAAGAUCACAACGGACGUCAAGGAUUCGGUGGCUUCGCGCGUGAGCUUUGUGCAGGCCUCGCAUGCGCAUGCCAGCAAGGAGCUCACCAAGCACGACAAACCCAAAUCCAUUGAGCUGCUGGAAACGACAAGCAACGAACGCGAUCCCAAGCCAAUGGACCUGUGCAUCCGCUCCAAUUCGAUCGAUAGCCUGCGCACGGUGGGUCACUCGAGGAGCGUUUCGCACGACUCCUACUUUGAUCUGCUGCAGUCCCCGCAACGCGGGCACAUGACCACCUGCCCGUCGCGGGAGCUCUCCGAACUGGGACUGAACUUCGAUCGCGAGGAGCCGGAGAUGCGCAUCUUCUCGGAGAGCGAAUCCCUGGUGAGCUCUCCGCGCGUCGGCAAGGAGAAUGUGCCACCUUCCUCCGGCUGUGCCACACGGCGCAUAAUGCGCGCCCGACCCGAGGAGUUCUCCAGCCAGACGAACAGCGUUAAUCCCAGCCCCAAGAAGCAACCGCGUCUCAAUCUACUGUCGCCCAGCUCGGCCAGGACCAUGCCACCACCGCCUCCUUCAACGGCUGCGGCAGCUGCAUCCUCCUCCUCGUCCUCCUGCGGCCAUGAAUCCGCCGGAGCGGAGAACUGCUGCAAGCGCUACAAGCUGGAGGAUCAGUUGUGCGACAUCCAGUUCAUUGACUGCGGCACUCCGGAAACCGUGCCCACGGCUCACCAGCAGUUCGCCAAUGUGGAAGUGCACCCGCCUCCAAAACCAGCAAGGGCAGCCCAAUCAGCCCAAUCACCCGUUUCCCCGUCGACUGGUGCAUCUGGUGGCUCCUCCUCCUCAUCCACACGCUACAGUUAUCCCUCGGUGCAGCUGGGGGCCAAGCGCAAGGAGCAGCAGGCUGCCAAGGAGCGGUUCAGCUACCAGGGAACCUUUCCGCAGUCGGGAUUAAAGCAGGAGCCAUCUGCUUCGAGGAGUGUGCAUAACAACAACACCGCUCCUUUGAGAAAACCACGAGUGGAACCUGUCGAAGAUGGUCAGAUCAAGCUCUCUGUGCCGACGCCCACCACUCCUGCCCACAGUCCUCGUUAUUCCUUGCUGUUGUGCGACACCGAGAGCUCCGAAAACAGUUCGGCAGUGAACACGCCGCAGUACGACAUGGAGCCCCUGAUGCUCACCUCGGCCAUGUCCGGUGUGUCCGGAGUGUCUUCCAAUAUGCAGCAACAGCUGCUCUUGGGUCUGGAUGCAGCCAGCAGUUAUCUGGGCAGCUCGCACGAGAGUCUGGGACAGCAUUUCAACAACCUGCAGGAUGCGGAGCACCGUGAUAUGAAUGCUCUGAAACGGGAGCUUUCGCUGGACUUGCAGCCACUGCAACCACGUUUGCCGCAGCCAACGAAUCGAGCUGCCACAUUGCCGGUGAAGGAGCAACUGCAGGCAGCGGCGGCGGCGGCCAUGUUGUCCUCGCCGAACAACUCCAAUUUCACGGACCACACUAGUCAGUCGGUGACGCCCAGCGAGUAUGGCUACCAGCACCUGCAGCGACAGCCGAGCAUGCACUCCUUACUGGCCACCGAUGAUAGUUCGCCGGUGUACGAGGACUUUGAACAGACCCCCGUCAAGAUGGUGGCCACCAGCCCCAUCAAAUCGACCAUUAGCAUCACGUACAAAUCGCCGGAGAAGGAGAAGAAACCCUCGACUCUGUUGGAGACCAAUUUCGAUGAGAAUAUCGUUUAUGAGCAGGUUAAGCUGUUCCGCAAUUCGGUCACCGAGGUGAAUCAAAUGCUGCACGAGCGAAGCAGCCUGAAACAGAUCGCCGAGGAGGAGCAGCAGCAGGAUGGAGGUGCCUUCAAGGCGGCGGAGAUGACGCAGCAGCUGCUGCAGCUGGAACAGGAUCACCAGGAGCUGCAACAGCAGGAGGCAGAGCCGGAGGACGAGGAGCAGUCGCAGUUGCUGUACGAAAACAUCGAGCUGCGAAAACCGAAAACAGUUUACGAGAAUCUACGUGGCGAGGAGAUGAAGUUCAACAUUGAGGAGCCGAAGCCGAGCAGUGACAGAAUCGAACUCGAUAGUCUAGACAGUUUGCCGGACAACAUGGAGCACGAGCAGUCCUCACCGAGCAAGUCGCCUUCGUUCAGCGUAAAGGAGCUGGCGAACAAGUUCGAGGCUUCCCCCGUGGAGCAGCUGCCCAAUUUCGAUUUCUCGGUGCGCGGCGGCUCCAUGAAGAAGCCCAACGAACUGAGCGUGCCCAAGGCGAUGCCCGCUCCGGUGCCGCUCAAGAAACUGAACAGCAGUGCCCAAAAGAUAACGCGUUCGCUGGACGAGAACGCCUUUGUCCGGGAAUUCGGAGGCAAGCAGCUGCAGGACCUCUCUCUGUCAAGCAAGCUGCCCGAGGCGAUGUCAGAGGUCAACAGCCGGCGCAAGAGCUUCGACUUCACGCGACCCAAAACCCUGAAUCCACCCAAACGCUUGCCGGGCAUGAGCAUCACCGAGGAGAUUUGCCAGAAGCGCGGCGGCGAACCGGAGCCCAUUACGCCCACCACAGAGAAUCGCAUUUCGCUCAUUCAACAGAAUAAUGUGCCCAAGGAGCAGCAGGUGGCAGCCAAUCAGUUCCUGCCUCCGGCGGGACGCAAGAGCGUGCUAACCGGCGUGAUCCUGGAUCGCGAACGCAUUGACAAGAUCAAGGAGGAGCGUCGUCAGCAGUUGACGCAGAAGUACUACGGCGACACCUUGAAAUCUCGCUCGCGAACGGAACUCAAUGCGGAGGACAACUUCCAGACAGCGGAAUCCCUGCGCAUCAAGUCCAAGUCUCGUGGUGAUAUGCACGCCCUGCAGAAGGACAUGGACAUGAAUCUGAAGCAGUUGAGCCGCGUGACUGGCGGCGGAUCGGAGAGCACCCUUCACAUGAGCCUGAGCCAGGGCAAUGGCCAGGAACAACUGGUGGGCGGUGGACAGCAGCAGCGGGUGCGCCGGAUUUCGGACGAGAAAAAUCAAAAUUGUGAUACCAGUAAUGGGAGCGUGGGUGGAAUGACCGCCACUUCGCUGCUCAGCGUGAAGACGGCGGCCCAGAAAUAUGGAACUACCAGCAAGGCGCCGGCGAAUAAGUUCGAACGUGGCCAGCCGAUGCCGCGCGAGCGUCUGCAGCGGAACUCGUUGGCCGAGAGCAAUGCGGGCACCAACAACAGAGAAAAGAUCUCACCACAAUUCUCAAUACGCGACGUGACAGCGAUGUUCGAAUCUCGUUCACAAAACCAAUAGGCUAAGGCAACAUUAGCAACUAAUUACAUCGAAAUAAUGAGACCGCUACCUACAUAUAAUCACAAUACUGGAGAAGCAGCAGUGUAUAUAUGCCUAUACCAGCAUAUAUAUUUUAUUUAGUUUUUAAACAUUCACUUAAGCGCAUUGAACUUCUCGAAAGUGUUCUUGAUAUAUCAAGAUAUAACCGGCGCAAGCGGCUCCAAAGACAUUCAGAUUUAUAACGCCGCGCUUGAUUGCAACCACAUUUAUAUUAAUCAUACUGAUGAUAAUCAUAAUGACGACGCUUUGCGCCUUGAAUCAUAUGCAAAAUUCAAUUUUGUUUUGGAAAAGCAUAAAGAGAGUUUAACUAAAAGACCAUCCUCAUCGUACCCCGAAAGUCCCUCGAUCCCGAACAGCAAAUGCAUAUUGUUAUUGCAUUUUAGGCGUUUCUUUACGUAGGUGUUAAGUUUCAUUCGUUUAACCUUAAAAAGAAAAAGAAUUCUUAAGUUUUGAAUUCUAUUUUGGUUUGUUUAUGCGUGAAUUGUGGCUCGAAUGUUUUAUUUUCUUGUUUAUUUCGACUAAAUUGUGACGCGCGUGUAUCGGAGAUGAUAUUUUUCUUCAUUUAAAGCUAAUGCAUUUGCAACAACUUUGAGCAAGUUGUCCUAAGUUAAUUAUUAUACGAUUAAUUUAUAUAUAUUUUUUAAACCAAUAAACUCAAUUGCAUUGUCA